AUGGCUCUUCCUGUGUUGCUGCUGCUGUGCGCUGCUCCGCUGGUCCGGGGCCACGGCUCAGGGCUGGUUAUAGACAGCUGUAAAGACAUGCAACUCCACCACUCUGGGCUGAGCCCGCAGACUGCACCGUCACCCUUCACUGUCACUACAGAGCAAAGUCGCUACGGACUCGGAGAGGAUGUCAUAGUUGAGCUACAGGGUCCAGCCUCUACACCAUUUACUGGUUUCCUAUUGGAGGCUAGAGAACUGGGAAGCAAGAGUCCUGUGGGUUCCUUUGCCAUACCAGAAGGGGCUGCUCAACUCCUCACCUGCAGCCAGAGAGCUAAAUCAGCUGGAUCCAUCUCUAGUGCUGACUGUGGGGUCACCAAGGUGUGCUUCAGUCAGCCUUCAAACUGUGACCCAGCAGUCAGUUCUAGCUGUUAUUUCAUGUCAGCCAAGAUGUUAGCCGGUGGCGAAGCUGUCCACUUUGAGAUGACUGGUCCUUAUGAAGGAUACAUUGCUUUUGGAUUCUCUGAUGAUCAAAGAAUGGGAAAUGAUGACAUUUACGUUUGUGUUAUGAAAACCAAUGGACAAGUUGAGGUGGAACAUAUGUAUUCAACAGGACGAUCAAAGCCACAAGUUCUUCCUCUGGGGAAUGUUUAUAAUAUAACAACGUCAUUGCAGAACAGUGUCAUCAGUUGUGUCUUCACUACCACAAACAUAAUUUCUAUUGAGGGGACUUCUGGUUUCAACCAAUCCUACUACCUCUUGUUUGCCUAUGGACCCACCAACAAUGGAUCAAUAAGAAUCCAUAUGGGUACCUUCACCAGCAAUAAAAGGAUCGAUAUUAAUAAUCCCCUUGUUGUUGGCAAAGGUGAUGUUCCUGAUAUCAUCAAAGCUCAUGGAUCACUCAUGCUGAUUGCCUGGAUGACCACAGGAUCACUGGGCAUGAUGGUUGCCCGAUAUCUGAAAAAAAUGGCCAAGGGAAAAAAAAUGUGUGACAAAGAUCUCUGGUUUAUGGUCCAUGUUGGAGUAAUGUGUCUGACGGUAGCAGCCACAAUCACUGCUUUCAUCCUUGUGUUCGCUCAUGCUCAAGACUGGUCUGGGGGAGCACAUCCAGUGUUGGGGUGCCUGGUUAUGAUCCUCUCACUCAUCCAGCCUAUCGGGGCCUUGCUGCGCUGCGGACCACAACAUCACCUGAGGUAUCUGUUCAACUGGACACAUUUUUUAAAUGCAGUGGUAAUAAAAUCUAUAGCUGUGGCAGCCAUAUUUACAGGCCUGGACAGGAUUGACAGUGAUGAUGGGUGGCUAAUGAAAGUGAUGGGUGGCUUCUUUGCCUGGGAAGUUCUCUUCAUUAUCAUUUUGGAGGUCCAUGAUUGGAUAGUUAAACACAGAGAUGGUACUGCUGAUCAAAUGGAAUCAGCGUUGGUCAAAGGUGACAGUUGCCUGAUCGCUGCGUACCUUCUGGGAAACCUUUGCUUUUUGGUGGCACUUCUAGCUGGAAUUGGAGAAAAAUGA